AUGAAAUUAAAUCUACUCUUUGCACGGCUACUCCUCACUCCACCACAAAAACUAUGUGUUAUAAUUGAUAAACGCUCUAAACCUUGCAUGCCAUCACAGCGCCACAAGUGCGCACAGCAUUUUGCACACAAGCCACAACACAACUGCUCAUGUGCCUGUCCGGUAAAGCACGUAUUUCUCCUCGCGCACAAAUUUUAUAUUUGUUGUGUUCGCCAUACCCUUAAAAAUGUACUUCUUCAUUUCCCUGCCGGUAGACAGCCGUGCAUCCGCAGUUAA